UCCCGGUUUGUUCAUUGAGGUUUGAUUAUCGAGGGCGGCGACAUCGCUAGAAUCGGACUAUUAUAUUGACGCGCGCGCAUCAGUGUAUACGUAGUUAGAUGUUUUUAAUCGUAUAUUUACAAUCAUUGAAUUGGAUGUGAUAACAUUUUCAUAAAUCAUGUUAUCAUACUAAUUCAAACAAUUGAAGAUGUUUGAUACAAUGUAUUAUGUAUCGGCGAUCAUGAGCCGUUAAUUUUGCGAAAGAAGUUUGAUCAGAGCCGUAAUAAUUUACGGGGUUAAGUAAUUUUGAAUUGGAACUAUGAUGUUGACUUUGUUAGGUCAUGGGGCCAAGUAGAGAGCAAAUGCAUGUGAAAUUCUUUGUUUAGCAAAUUUUCUAUCUAUAGUACACACGGUUUUGUUUGGUCAGCGAAUAUUUGCGGCAAGGAAGAUUGUGUCUAGUUGCUGUUUGUUGUUAGUGUUCAAGUGGGUGGGUUUCUAGAAAAAUACUCUAACCUAACCAAGUUGUGGAUAGAAUUGGAGAGAAAAAUUUCCAGUGGAUCACAUCCUCCACCACUUGGUCUUAAACGCCAAAAUAGUAGAAGAUGGCCCAACCUUCUUGAAACAACGAAAAUGACUCGAGUUUUCGGAAUGUGUUUGAAUAUUCUUCCAAUGGAUUAGCUACGAGAGAUUGUUACGUCAGUGAAAGUAACCACGAUCGUCGGCGAAGUAAGAACACAACUUGGAUGACAUCGUAAAGCAGUGUUAUUGAACUUUGGAUAGAAAUUCAGAACAGUUUCUGACUUAUAACUCGAUUUUCGCCAUUCUGGUUACCCCGUUAAUUGGGUUCAUAUUGAGGAAUUUUACGCAUUUGCUUGGUGAAGAACAUUUAUGAUUUUCUCUACGUUGGAUCAUAUUGAGGAAUUUACGCUGGGUUUUGCUGAUUUGGCUGUUUAUUUUUUGGUUUUUUGACAGCUUCCAACUGCAACCCAUCGAAGUACAUGUCCGGGGAAUGUGGAGGAACCACAAGAGUCGGCGUUCUCGUCGGAGGCCUAGUCGCCGGAGCUGCACUAAUGGCAGCGGUAGCCUUCCUCUGCUACUGCCUGCGCCGGCGCUCCACCUUCCUACGACACCGUCAGAGCGCCAAGCGCCUCGUCUCCGAAGCAGCCGGCAACUCCAGCGUCCCCUUCUACGCUUACAAAGACAUCGAGCGAGCCACCAACGGGUUCUCCGACAAGCAGCGCCUCGGCACCGGCGCAUACGGCACCGUCUACUCCGGCAAGCUCCACAACGACGAGUGCGUGGCCAUCAAGAAAAUCCGACACAGGGACACCGACAGCAUCGACCAAGUGAUGAACGAGAUCAAGCUCCUCUCCUCGGUCAGCCACCCGAACCUCGUCCGCCUCCUCGGCUGCUGCAUCGAGUCAGGGGAGCAGAUUCUGGUCUACGAGUUCAUGCCGAAUGGAACCCUCUGUCAGCAUUUGCAGAGGGAGAGAGGGAAGGGACUUCCAUGGCCGAUUCGACUGGCGGUUGCCACCGAAACGGCUAACGCCAUUGCCUAUCUACAUUCUGCAGUCAAUCCGCCAAUCUACCACAGGGACAUCAAAUCCAGCAACAUACUGCUCGACUACAACUUCAAAUCGAAAGUGGCCGAUUUCGGGCUGUCUAGGCUCGGGCUGACGGAGAAUUCCCACGUGUCGACGGCUCCACAGGGGACGCCGGGUUAUCUGGAUCCACAGUAUCAUCAGUACUUCCAUCUCUCAGACAAGAGCGACGUGUACAGCUUCGGAGUCGUGCUGGUGGAGAUCAUCACAGGGUUGAAGGUGGUCGACUUUUCACGACCUCACAGCGAGGUCAACUUGGCAGCCCUUGCCAUAGACAGGAUUGGCAGAGGUGAGGUGGAUGACAUCAUUGACCCUUACCUCGAGCCGCACAGGGACGCGUGGACGCUGUCGUCGAUUCAUAAUGUUGCCGAGCUUGCGUUCAGGUGUCUGGCAUUUCAUCGCGACAUGAGGCCUUCGAUGACCGAGGUGGCUCAGGAGCUGGAGAACAUCAGGCUCAGCGCUUGGAUCGUUCCCGACGUGUACCUUGGAUCGCCAGGGCGUUCCUCGACUUCAUCAGGGGACGACGAGGACGAUGGUAGAAGCGAGAAAUCGCUGGCCACCAAGAAGGCUAGCAUCGAGAGCAAGAGGCUGUUUGUUCCGGAGAGGAACCAGGUGGAGUAUUUGAGUUCACUGGAGGAAGGAGUGAAAGAUAGCUCCCCUGUUUCGGUGCAGGAUCCUUGGUUCAGUGAGCAGAGCUCGCCUUCAUCGAAUAGCUUAUUGGGUAAUGCUCAGUGAAGGUGGGAGUGCUUGUUGUUCAUCAUAUAUAUCCCAUUCCUCCUGUGAAUACAAUUGAGGUAUAUAUUAUGUAGUUUCAUGGUAGAUCCUCAAUAUAUAUAUAUAGAUAGAUAGAUAGAUAUACCGUUGCAGAUAACUGAUGUCUAGUACGGUUUCGCCCCUUUCACUUCCAGUCAAUAUGCCCCCCUUGCGCUACCCAAUUUCUGGUAUACAUUACUGUAAUUGCAGACAUAAGAUGAAGUUCUUUCUGUUGUUCUUGUUCUCCUUCCCUAUCCGCAAUGAACUAUCCUGUUUAGAUGAAUCCAAACAUUCAACGAGAAUCAUCUAUACGUUGCAUAAAACAGCAAAACUGGA